UAUGAGCCUGUGUUCUAUAUCCUUUUAUUAUCAGGAUAUUAUAUUUAACAUAAAUCAGGAUUUCGAUCGAUCGAGAGAAAGAGAGAGCAUGAGCAGCCGGUUUCUGAAUCUGGCGGUGAGGAACAUGAACGGCCGUCCCGCCCCCUUCAACCUGUACCGCAUAGAUCCCGCCAAGUUGUUCUACCCGGCCGGCGGCGCAUCAGCAACGGCGACGUCGUCCGAAGAAAGACCAUCAGAUCCAACGACAAUGAUGAAAUCUCGGUUACCUAGGCCGGCCAUCUCCUUCGACUGGCCCUGCGAAAAGAACCUGGCCGCGGCCGGGCAGAUCGAUUUCAUGUCCAUCGGCCGCGGCGGGAACGCCAUCGUCGCUGUGGACAACGUCGGCCGCACCAUCCUGUAUGACGCAGAGCUCCACACCAUCCGCACCAGCCUGCCCAUGAUGUCCCAACCCAUGCGGGACCCGAUCGCCAUUGCCGUCGGCGACGACGACCUGUUCGUCAUGGCGAGCAGGCCCGGCCCGCGGCCCCAGAUGGAAUGCUUCCAGGCCCUCCUCCGCGACAGCAACUCGUCCUCGUCCUUCAAGAAAUGGCGUUGGAUCUACCUCCAGCCACCGCCCUUCACCUGGCGCUGCGAAUAUGACCAUCAUCCGAUCUGCUGCUGCUGCCGCUACCACGACAGCGACGGCUUGUUGGGCACUGAGUUCCAAGACGCCUUUGCAAUCUGCGCCCACACGAUGGUCGGCGACUCGCAGAUCUGGAUAUCCACGCCAGCCGCCGGCACGUAUACCUUGGACACGGAGAGCGGCGCGUGGAGCAAGGCCGGCGACUGGGCGCUGCCGUUCAGAGGCCGCGCGGUGUACGUCCCCGAGGACGGUCUCUGGUUUGGCUUUUCGCCGGACUACGAGCAGCUCUGCGCGUUUGACCUGACCGCCAUGUCGACGGCGACGGCGCCGCCCGUGCCGCUGAUGGCGUGGGACGAUCUGGACUGGCCGGAGAGCUGGGUCCCGACGGCCGGACGUAUCGUGCCGCUGGGCUCUGGCAGGUUCUGCGUCGCCAGGUUCUUCUAUACCUGGGUGAACCAAUUGAUCACGUUCGCCAGCGGGCUCACCUAUGAUAGCCACACCACGACGAAUCUUGCGGUACUCACCGGCGUGGAGGUGGAGCGCGGUGGCGCUCACGGGCUGGGAAGGAUGGUCCGGCACAAGUCCAAGCGGUACGACCUCGGCUGCAACGUCGCCAAAGCCCUGUGAAUGAAUGGCACGGAGGAGCUCUCUCUCGUGCUUCUGAUGCCGUGCUAUAUAUGUGUGGUGCUUGUGUUUUUGUUACGGGUGAAAAUGAAAAUACUUAGAGAA